AUGCGACAUCACCUCUCCCUAUUCCUCAUAGGCAUCCUUAUCUCCUGCGUCGCCGCAACUUCUGCACCGACCUUCUGCAAGUGCACUUGCUUUAAGAACAGCACCCUGAUCCAGCUUGGCCCACAAGGCGACUCCUCUGUCUCAUUUGGCAGCUCCAGUUCAUCCGGAUCCCAAGAAUUCCUUCAGCGCUCUCUUCCACCGCAAAAGCGCGCCGCCUCCGCCUCCUGCACCCAGUGUACGCGAUCCUUCUGCCUGUCCCAACACUUGCCGAUAUGUAAGGAGGCCGAGGAGAUCGAUGUCGUGGCCAUGUGCUUCCAGCGCGACAGUCGCAAGGAUCAGAUCAUCGUCUGGGGUUUCAUUCUGGGUACCACUGGUUUACUGGGCUGGGCUGCCGCAAAGAGGGUAGUCGAGAUGCGAGAGGGUAAAAAAGCUGCUGCCCCAGGAUUAGGCGGCGCGGCCGCAGGGAGACGAGGGGUACGAACUCCUGAGGACCGAGGCGUAUAUAUGCCUGUUGGCCAUGGUGAUGCCCCGGGGGGUUAA